AUGGCCCGAACCGACAUGCAAUACGCCCAUGAAUCGGCUUUUCCGGUCUCAAAAUCGCGACCUUCAGGCGAAUCUGGGUCGCUCAAGCGUCCUUCCAAACCUGCAAGAAGACCCGGUGUCGAGGGUGGACGCGCCGCGUCCUAUCAUAUCUUCCCGCCUCAAGAUCUCGACAGUUCGCAAGACCGGGUUCCCGCGUCUGAUGUAUUUGACAAUUCAUAUUCUCCUGUCAACCUCAGAAAGCGCGGCUCUAUGGCCUCGAGCUUGGCCGUGCGGGCUACUACAUCUACAGAGCAACCUUCGACCUCAGAAGCACAUCUGAUGAACUCCUCGGAACCAAACACAUCCUACGAAGGCGUUGACUCUCUGUUUAGCAAGAGCAAGCUAGCGAACCCCAAGGUUCAUAUUAAACCAAUUCUACGCAAAUUGUCUCGAGAUGAUCAACCAUCCAGCUCGAUCGACUUGUCUCGAUCUUCUACAGAACAAGAAGGGUUGGGCAUUUACAUGAACUUUGAGCGGGAUCGACGACACAGCGAAUCGGUGACAGGCGUCUCUUACAGGAGGACACCCUCCGUUUUCCACAAUCGAUCCACUAGUGGAACGUCUCAAUUUUCGACCGGCUCUGGCUCGAGUGUUGGUAAGCCGGGGACACAGUACGUGCAUCCCAUGCGACAAAUGCCGCGGGCUUACACCCCACCGCUGGGUCAGUCCUGCCAGGCAUCGAGCCAUGGCAGUGAAGAGCUGGAGGAAGAAUCGGCAGACGAAGACAAGCUUGAUCCUGUGGCUUUGCCAGAGAAACGUGCUCCCUCAGGCCCGGCUCCACCACGGCUAUCACUCCAGAUCCAAGACGACUCUUUCACACGUCUCCCAGGAAUUUCACAGACCAAUGUCGCCAGCCGGCCAUCCUUUGGAUACUCACGGGAUGAUACUGCAUCCCCGAUGUCCCGGACCUCGCUUGACUUUGUGUUCCGAUCCCGAACUCGAACAAGCACUGAUCCAAUUUCUCGCGCAGCUACAGUACAAGCUGCUCGUCAGGCGUUCGAGGAAAAAGAAGCCGCCAAGAACCGUCGACUUGAGAAACAACAGAUCAAAGCUGAGGAGAGACAUUCACGGCGCCGUUUGAAGCGCAACCCGUCGGAUGAUCUCACUUCUCCUGUUGCCCCGUCUACCGAGGAUGUCUCCGAAAAGCCACGUUAUUCUACUGUCCACGAGAGCAAUGAACCAUCGGCGUCCUGGAAAUCCCAAUCCAAGAGCACAUGGGUGCUUUUCAUGACAUGGUUACGAACUCGAGUUUUCAAAUUUCGACGCAAGGUCCGGAAGCUUCGUUAG